CUGGGCCCCUUCAAACACCGAUUAGGUCGAUCCUUGCUCAGCGCCUUCUCCGCGGCCGCGCCCCCGCCUUCAGUUUUUUUUUUGGUUGCCGCGCGCGCCCGCCGCCGGGGGUCUCGCUCCUCUCUCCCCUACAUACCACCCGCGCCCCCCGGCGCAGCGCCUGAAUUCACCUAUAGAUGGCCGAGCGGCCGUCGGACGGGAGGACUGCCGAGCAGCCCUCGGACCUCUCGCUCGCGAGGUAUGCCCCAUGUGGGAGGCCUCCACAGGAGCUGCUGGCCGCCACGCGCCACCGCGCGGACGAGGGCCGCCUGGGCAGCGGCGCCUACGGCGCCGUCUUCCGCGGCGAGCUGCGCGGCGGAACCCAGGUAGCAGUGAAGUUCCUGGGCGCCGAGGCCGAGAGCGGGUUCGAGGAGGAGGUCCGCGUCCUCAGCAGGUUCCGCCACCCGAACCUCGUGACUCUGCUGGGCUUCGCGCGCAGCGGCCAGGAGCGUAUGCUCGUCUACGAGUACCUCGGAGGCGGGGACCUCUACUCGCGCAUGGCCGAGGCCACGGCCGCCGACGGGGGCCGGCCCUUCCCGUGGCGGGGGCGCCUCUCCGCCGCGCGGGACGCCGCGUGCGGCCUGGCGCACCUGCACGGCUGCCAGCCGCGGGUCUUCCACCGCGACAUCAAGAGCCCGAACAUCCUCCUGGACCAGAACGGCACGGCGAAGAUGGCGGACUUCGGCCUCGCGUGCCUCUCCCUCGAGCCCCAGCGCGCCGUGCGGGACCGCUCCGGGACGGUGGGCUACGCGUGCCCGGUCUACAGCCGCACGGGCGUGGUCACCGAGGCGUCCGAGGUGUUCUCCUUCGGCAUGGUCCUCCUGGAGUUGCUGACGGGCUCUCCGGCGGCGUGGGCAGUGUCGCCCCCAGCACCGGACGGCGAGCAGGCGUACGACUUCCUCCUCCUGCACAUCGGCGGGGAUCUGGGUGCCGCCCUGGGGCUCGUAGACGGCGGCGCGGGGUGGCCCCAGGCCACCGCGCGAGCCCUGGCAGAGUUGGGCCUCCGCUGCGCCGGGCCGCCGCGGAGGCGCGGCCAGAGUAGUCUUGGAGGUGCUGCGCGGGUUGCGGGGGCUGCUGGGCGGUGCGCCGGAGGAGCAGGCGGCGCCCGCUGGCCCGCCACCGCCUCCCCCGGCGCGCCCGCCGCUGCCCGUGCCGGCGGCGGCCCCCGCCAGCCCCCGCGGCCGCUGUGGCCGCCCGGCACCGCCCCCGGAAGACAGGGGCGCCGCGGCCCCGCUCUGCGCGCCGGCGCACCCGCAGAUCGUGGCCCUCGACAGCCCGCGGGGGACGUCUCUGGCCGGCGACGUCGCGCCCGCGUUCUUGCUCAGGGCCAGCGGCUGCGGCGUUCGCUCCGCCGCAACGGGCGCCGGGCGCGUGGUCGUGCACGGGCCUCCCCGGGAGGCGGCGGCCGCGCUGAAGGCACCGGCCAGGUCCUUCCCGGCGCUGGUGCUGGGCAGGGGCAGCGCCAGCGUGUUCUGGCAGAGAUUGCUGGUGGACACCACCUUCGCGGCGCUGUCAAGGGAGCACAUGGUGAUCGAGGCCUGCAGCCCCAGCCGCGCCGGGGAGCUCGCCGGCGUGUGCGUGAAGAACCUGAGCGCCACGCACCCGAUCCGUGUGAGCAAGAGCGCCGAGGCCUCCACGCCCCCGCGGCCCCCCAGGGCGCGGCGCUGGACGCCGCGGAGCCGCUCGGGGUGGACGAGCGGCGGCGGCUCAGGCACGGGGACUUCCUCCUGAUCGUGGAGUGCAAGGGCACCGGCAGGAAGAUGCUCAUCCUUCAGUUCGAGGACCUGAGGUCGGCUGGGCCCACCAAGGAGUGCGUCCGCGCCUCUGCUCGGGCGGGGGGCGCGUGAGCAGUGGGCGCCAGCGCGCGCGCGCGCGGCGGUACCGCGCCCGUGCCGCGCCGCGUAGUUUGAGGCUUGUUUCCGCGCCGCACGCGGCUGGCCCGAGUUGAUCGUUUUCCUCAUCUUCGCUUCCCCCUUCGCUUCCCCCCUCCCUCUCCCUCAGCGUCCGCUGUUUGCGGGCGCUGGCGUGGUCCCCUACCCAUCCUCCCCUCACGGCCGCACCCGGCGCCCCCGUCUCGUCGCCGCCGGCCUGUCUUCUGGAAUCGCCGGGCGCGCCCCGGCCUCGGACACCCCCCGCGCGCGGCGGGCGCGGAAGGGCGCCCUGCCGCGCCGCAGCCAGAAAAAGCGGGCGCCGCCGUCGUCCUGCCCGCGCGGCGAAGGGGGCGUCAGUAGACGGGCCGGUAGCUGAGGGUGCGCUUUCAAUUGUGUGUUUCAAAGAUGACUUGUUGCGCACAAGUCAGGAGCGAAAGAAUGACGUACGCGUAC